UGUCCACAUUUUGAGUGUUGACUUUGGAGCACAUAUAGCUCGGCUUCUUUUUAUAUUCACAAUAGUUGAUUAGCUUUCGAUUGAAUUUAAAUAAGGUUGCAAUUGGAAAUAGGGACCAAAAAUGUUUAUAGCUGCUCUGUCUGGCAUUCGAGUUGACCUAUCACUGUGACGGUGGAUUUGUAGCGACAGGAUGUACCAAUUUUAAUCGCAUUGGAGGCCAAAGCAUAACAGAAUCCGAAAUGAGCAACUGAAUGGUUAAAUUAUUCCAAUUUGCAGUUAGAAUUAUGUUUCAUGUUAUUUCGACCGGAGCUCGCGCUAAUAAAAACUGUCGUGGGGGUGGCAUAACAGCGGCCGAUGCUACGUUAGAGUUCUCGCCUCUCCUGCGCGAUCAGUCUGCGGAAUCGUGCCAGAGAUUCUCCUCGCAGCUCCUUGAUCUGGACAGAAUCCAAGACCGGAUCCGAAUCAACAUCUGCGGACAGAUUUUUGAAACAAGCAUGACUAAUAUUCGUCGAUAUCCCAGAACCCUAUUGGGAAACUGCUACAGAAACGAGCCUUUCUUUGAUCCAAUCAGAAACGAACUAUUCUUCGACCGGAACCGAGAAGCGUUCGACUGCAUCUUCUUUUUCUACCAAAGUGGGGGCAAAUUGCUCAAGCCUCAAAACAUGUCAGCUGAGGAAUUCCUAGAAGAGCUCACUUUCUACGAAAUGGGCGAUGACGUCAUCGAUAAGUACAUUGACACAUAUUGCCGACAUCUGAAAAAGAGCCGAACGAAUGACGAAAACGACUGCUCGGGUCCUAACCAAGCGAGUGUCGCGCCUAGUAACAGAAGAGCCGUCGAGCAGAUUAGCUUCAAAAGCAGAAUCUGGCAGAUUUUCGACAAGCCCGAAUCUUCCGUUGCCUCCAGAAUUGUAGCAGGAGUCUCAGUGUCUAUGAUAGUGCUCUCUAUCAUCGUUUUGUGUGUGGAAAGUGAGUUCUACUUCGUGACAGUGUCUGCAAACUCCUCCUCCCUCUCCCCCUCCUCUGACUCAUCUGCCGUGGUCUCUUCUAAUGUCUCUUUGGGACACCAGAAGGAGAUCAUUCCAGUGAAGAGGCGCAGGACACACCGGCACUCCUCCACUCUCUUCCUAGUCGAGAGUCUGGCCAUGACUUGGUUCUCAAUCGAAUUCAUCACAAGAUUGUUCACGUGUCCGAGCAAAGUACAGUUUAUGAGGAGGAUUUUGAACGUGUUCGACUUCCUCGCAGUGUUGCCCUUCUACAUCACUCUGUUCGUGGAGUGUGACAUGUUGGCAGACGAGUUGGACAAUGUGAAGGCAAGACCUCUGUCUAUGCUGAGGAUAACCAGACUGGUCCGCAUAUUCCCCAUUCUCAAACUCACCAGACACUCCAAGGUAGGCCAGACCUCUCUCUGUGUUGAGGAUAACCAGACUGGUCCUCAUAUUCCCCAUUCUCGAACACACCAGACACUCCAAGGUAGGCCAGACCUCUGUCUAUGUUGA